UAGUAAAAACUCUCCUAUUUAAAAAAAUAGAGAUUCCCUGUCCCAUUCCACUUCUGAAUCCUACUCAGAAAAACCACUUUAACACUUUAUAGUUGUUUCUUUAGCAUUUAUCUCCAUAUAGACAAAUAACAUGUUAUAGCACUAUUUCUUGUUUUAUAUAUAUUUUUAAUCAUUUAUAUAUGUUGCCCAGUGACUUUCUUAUAUGAAAGAUGCUUUACUUGCCUACAUGUAAGCCUUCUGCCCUCCCUGGCAUAUACAUUCAGACCAUGCAGACGUCCCUUUUCCUGAUGUUUGACUUUGAAGAUACAUAUUUAUGUUUAUAUUAUUAUAAUUAUGAUGCCUGAGGUAAAUAAUGACAUACGAUCACAUUUCUUUUCUUAUACAACAUUUUUUUUCUCCUCUGGAGCAAGUGAUUAUCUAUUUUUUUGUUUGCCUAGUUUUUAUGUGCCUUACUUUAUACUAGAAAUAUAAAUUCUUUCACGACAAGUUUAUUUUUUUUCCUUUGAGACUUUCCUUUGUGUGUCCUUUAUCCCUUUGAUUCAAUCUAGAUUCACAAUAGCCUAGGACUCUUCACAGUUGUCAGCCUUCCCUAUUGUUCAAGAAAUCCCCUCACUCUCAUAGCCUAUACUGCCUCCUGUAUUAUAUCAGUUUGGUUGAGCUCUUUUGUUGGAGCCUGUGUUUCCUUAUUUUUGAUUUAUUUCCUUAUCUUGGUGGUACUUAUCUUCUAGUAGCUUCCUGUGACAGGGUUAGUGGGAGGUAAACCUUUUGAGUUCUUUUAAGAUAUUAAGUAACUUUUUCUACUCUUGAAAUUUUAGACAUAUUUCGAUGUAAAAUUCUUAAUGGGAGUAAUUUGACAGGAAAUGUCUCCCUAAACAAAUCCUAUGCCCACACAUAGAACCUCUAAUCACUUUUUAGUGCCUCAUUCUUAAAUCAAAAUGAAUUGUAAGAUAUGGAUAUAGGGUUUGUAAGCUAGCAGUGGCAGGCAUACAUAAUAGGUUAAGUUCACUGGGGUUUCAUUUUGUUCAAUAUGUAGCCUUUCAUUUAAUCCUCUGUCCCAUUUAGCAUAGUACCCUUGCCCCAGCUGUGCUUAGAUUCACCAGAAUUUUCUAGGUUUAUCUUCAUCAGGGAAUAAACCUCCAUAUUCUGCUAAGGAAAGUGGUGCCUGGAUGAAUAGGUUGGGAAAGAGGAUCCAGUAGACUAGCUGUUCUUUAUACAGAUUUUCCACAAAAAUCCUUAAAAAAGCCCAUUUAUCUCUAUUUAGAGAAGUAUAUGAUACCUUUAAUUCUUGAGACUAUUUGGGUUUUACCAUAAAAAUUAUCUUGACUUUUGUUUUCAAUUUGAAGUUAUUAGUUUUAUUCUAUCUGUUUAGUUAAUAGUCAUCCAUCUGCUUUUGAAAAGUGGUUGCCACUUUUCUGCUAUUGGUUUCUCUUUUGCUUUCUAUUUUAUGAUGUUAUUUUACUAAUAUUUUAGCAGGACUUUAGGAGGCGACUGUGGUAAAAGCAGGCAUUUAAUUUGAUAUAUUUAAUCAGAAAACUCAAUGAAAAUAUUUACAUAUAAUCUCUAUUUCUCCUUACCUCUAUUAGGUGAAGUUAAAGUUUACAUUGGCCUGACUCGGGAAUGGCUAGCUUCAACCACACUGGUGUUAACCAUGUAGUCUUCUAUCUGCUGGGCAUUCCAGGCCGGGAGGACCUACACAUGUGGAUUUCCAUCCCCUUAUUUAUUUCUUAUGUCUUUGCCCUCCUUGGAAAUGGUCUUCUCAUCUUCAUUAUCCUCAUCAGGAGCUGCCUCCAUGAACCAAUGUAUCUUUUCCUCUGUAUGCUGGCUGGAGUUGACAUUGUCUUUGCCACGACAACAGAACCCAAGGCAUUGGCCAUUUUCUGGUGCAACAGCAGGGAAAUCUCUCUUAAUAGCUGUAUUGCCCAGCUCUACUUUCAGCAUUCCUCCUUCAUAUCUGAGUCAGGCAUCUUGCUGAUCAUGGCAUUUGAUCGCUACAUUGCAAUAUGUUACCCAUUGAGGUACACCAUGAUACUCACCCACUCUCUGAUAGGGAAAAUUGGUGUGGCUGUUUUGUUGAGAGCACAUGGCACAAUUUUCCCCAUGAUAUUUCUUCUAAAGAGGCUGACUUUUUGCAGGAAUAACAUCCUCCCACAUACAUUCUGUGAACACAUCGGCUUGGCCAAGUAUUCCUGUGAUGACAUUCGAGUCAACAUCUGGUACGGAUUUUUUGUCUUAACGUCAACAGUGAUCCUAGAUAUUGUCCUAAUUUUUGUUUCCUAUGUUCUGAUUCUUUGUGCCAUUUUCCAUAUCCCUUCCCAAGAUGCUCGCUACAAAGCUCUCAACACAUGUGGCUCUCAUGUCUGUGUCAUCAUCCUCUUUUAUGGUCCUGGGAUCUUCUCAGUCCUCACUCAGCGGUUUGGACGCCAUGUCCCACUACAUGUCCACAUCCUGCUGGCCAAUGUCAGCAUGCUUGCUCCUCCCAUGCUGAAUCCUAUCAUUUAUGGGGUCAAGACAAAACAGAUACGAGACCAAGUAGUUCAUAUGUUGUUUCCAAAGCAGAAAUGACUUUGGCAAGGGCAGAGACUGGUGUCUCAGGAAUUUUGGCCUUCCAUGAGUGUGCUUUGGCAGCAGUGAACAGGAGCACUCCAACUGAGUCACGAGGAAAAAUGACUCAAGGAGUUAGGGGCCUCUGGAACAAACUACCUGGGGCUGUGAGACUUGCUUUUCUGAUCAAUCUGAAAGCAGUGCCUGUGUGUUGACUGAGAUUCUUGUAGCUCAUUAUUUGGGAAAUAGGUUGCUCUCUAGUAGUCAUGUCUAACUCUGUAAUAUUCAACUCAACCUUGAGAAUAGUCAAUGUAACAUUAAAAGUAUCAUAUAGAUAAUAGUAAGUUUUCUGUCUUGAGCUAUGUCAAACCCUGAGACACCUCACCACAUCCAUGGAAAUCCAUGUAAAAUCUUCAUUCCUUCAUAUAUUUUCUCAACCUAUCAUGGGUGUUAAGAGGACAUUAAGGGAGCUGUGUACAUAAGUUUUGACUUUUUGGGAGUAGUUUCUCAAAGGCCAUCCCCCUUAACAUGGUACAGAAUAAAUUCAGACCUCCCAGCAACAAUUUCCAUACCACUUUCACGCAAUCUGUGCUUCAGUCUCAAGGGAAUGGAUAUCUCUAAUUUCUCCAUGUUCAGACAUGUUUUUAAGUACAUUUUCCCUAAGGGAUCCAUUUGUGUAGAAUGACCUCUCCUCUCCUUGACUUUUUAAAGAAUUUCCAUUAUACAUCUUACAAUGCCCAUCUUGGUGUCACCAACUCAGUAAAGUCAUUAUUAACCACCUCCUCUCUAGAUGAAGUACUACUUCUGUGAGGUAAUACUAUAUUGUUGAUACAUCUUUUGAAAACAUUUACA